CAUGAAAGUUCAUACUGGAGAGAAACCUUACAUGUGCCAUCAGUGUGGAAAAGAUUUGCAUAUGCAACCAAUCUCAGGAGUCAUCACUUUUGUCACUCAGUAGAAAAGCCAUUUGAAUGUGAUAAGUGUGGUAAAACAUUCGCUCUGACACGGUACCUAAAACGACAUCUGAAAACUCACACAAAUGAGAAGCCUUACAAGUGUUCAUUUUGUGGAAAGAGAUUUAAACAUCACUUCUAUUUUAAAGAGCACCAGAAAAUACAUACCAGUGUGGCGGCUCAUAUGUGCUUUAAAUGUGGGAAGUUCUUUAUUACAGCCGGCAACUUGAAAAAGCACCAAAGAAUUCAUACAGGAGAGAAACCAUACAAGUGCUCACACUGUGGAAAGAGUUUCACUCUGUCAGAACACCUGAAAUCACACGAGAGAAUUCAUACUGGAGAGAAACCUUACAAGUGCUCACACUGUGGAAAGAGUUUCACUCUGUCAGAACACCUGAAAUCACACGAGAGAAUUCAUACUGGAGAGAAACCUUACAAGUGCUCACACUGUGGAAAGAGUUUCACUCUGUCAGAACACCUGAAAUCACAUGAGAGAAUUCAUACUGGAGAGAAACCUUACAAGUGUUCACACUGUGGAAAGAGUUUCUCUCAGUCAGUAAACCUGAAAAAACAUGAUAGAAUUCAUAGAGGAGAGAAACCUUACAAGUGCUCACACUGUGGAAAGAGUUUCACUGAGUCAACAAACCUGAAAUCACAUGAGAGAAUUCAUACUGGAGAGAAACUUUACCACUCAGGGCCUGAAAUUAAUUUCUGAAAAUGGGAAGGGAAUUCCCCCCCAAAGCCCUCGAUAUACUUCCUUCGAAAUGAAAUAAUGAACGGGUGGGACAUAAUUUAGAACAAAAUCUGGCCAAAUAGGUGUUUUUGUGUUCGUUACGAUGGUUUGUAAUGGCUCACUGGGGUGAACUUUAGGAACAACCUUUUAUGUUGUUCAGUGAGUCAAAAUCAGUCGACAUGAACAUGUUGAUGUGCAGAGUUAUUAGCAAGCUGGUGCAAAUGUACCUACAUCUGUACGACCGUUCGCUUAAGAGAUAUUUUCCAAGACAAUUAACUUUUCUCAAUUCCUGAGUUGCCAGAAAUCAACUUUUUCAUUAAGGGGCAUUAUUUGAUUUCCCUUUACAAGGGCAAUUUUUUCUAUUCUAACCUUAUAAAGUUAUAUUGUCAUCCUUUUAUGUUAUAAUUAAAAAAAUAUAAAAAUUUGAAAAAUGGUGUUUCAAUAAUAACAAAAUUGCAUGAUCAGUACAUUGCGUAUGUGUGUUGUUACUGAAACUUUUUUCCUCAUUCACAUAUUUCCAAAUAUUUUGGCUAAUAAAUUAACAUAAUUAUAACUAAUGCACCGACAUAGAGGAGGAGGUGACAGCUGUAGCGUAUUUAGGGUUUUCAAUGAAAGUUCGCUAACUGUUUAGGUUAGCAGUGUUGUGUUGACGAUAUGUUGUCGGCAGGUUGGGCAUGUGUGGUUAGUUGCCCCGGAUGAGUCUCUUUAGGACUUCCCAUGACCUUUCAUCUCCAUAGCAACCAACAACACUGAUUUGUGAUCUGGGUCAACACUAAUGAAAAUGGUUUCAUCGAUGCAUAUGAACGUCAGCGCUCUCCACUGCACAAAUAAACAGUCAUCAGUUAAAGGGCCCAGAUUCUCAUGCUAAUAUAUGUAGCGAAUUUGGUAUGAUUAAUGUACACUGCUUGGGUUAAAGUGUUGUGUACAUUACCAUCAUCUGUAAGGGAAACCGUACGUGUGAGCUAGGAAUUAAAUUAAACGGUCCUAUUUCUACAUUACUAUGU